AUGGCUUCUAAUUUGUUGAACAAUAAUCCUGCUGUUCAAUAUCUUUUACAACAAGCUGAUGAAUUAACGAAUUCAACAUUUAGAUCGUCUGCGACGGUUGUAGAUACGAGUGAUGAACAAUAUUUGACAUCAAAUGCAUUGAAUAUCAAUAAUCUUAAUAUCAAUGAUUUGUCAAACUUGAAUGAAUUAAAAAUUGAAGAAAUUGAUCAAGCAACAAUGAAUCAAAUUUCUCAAUCAUUAUCAUCAGCAAAUGCUCAUCAACAACAUCAAUUAGUUGAUCAAAUUGGUGCAAUCAACGUUUUAGUUGAUGGAUCAACCGGAACAGUAGCACCCAUAUCGAAUUAUUAUGGAGAAAUUUUUCGGGAUCCUAAUCCACCUCAAAUUAUACGACGACCACCAGCACACGGUCCAGUGACAUAUCGUCAAAAUGUUGUAGUACGCUUUCUUCAACCACCACCAGCACCAGCCCCAGGACCACUAAUUAUCAAAGAAGUUCGUCCACCACAACCACCAGCUCCACCACCACUUGUCGUUCGACAACGUGCACCUCCACUUCCAAUACCUCCUCCACUUAUUCUUCGAGAACGACCACCACGAAGACCUCCUCUAAUUCCUUCACAAACACUCAUAAAAAAAUUACCUCCAAUACCUGUUCCACCUCGAUCGGUUAUUAUUGAACGUUUUCCAGCAUUGCCUCCACGACCUCGUGAUGUUGCUAUCGAACGUUGGUUACCUUAUUCGAAAGAACCUCAACGACGUAAAAUCAUAACAUAUCGAGCUGCACCACCUCGUCCUUAUCCUCCACCACGCAAUAUAAUCAUUGUUUAUGAUCAAGCACAAGCAAAUGUUGUGCGUUCAAUACAAAAACUCGGCGUUCAACCACAAAAUCCUGAAGAAUAUAAACUGCGAUACGGAAAUACAUUAUUAGAUCCAUCAACAUUAGUAGCACAAGCACAACAUAUUGGAAUUGUUGAAGAUCUUAGUCCACCUUUAAUUGGUUACAAUCCACAAUAUCUAAAUAAUACUUCGGAGUACUUUUGGAACAAUGCCGAAACUAUAUUGAAACCUCACUAUGAAUAUCAAACAAUUGCAUGGGAAAAUCAAGCAGCAAAUAACAACAAUGAACAAGUUCAAGUUUUUUGGACUGAUCCUUACGAGCAUGUUUCUGUGACUCUUAAACGUCUUGGAAUUCAAGUGGAUUAA